AAAUCACCGACGUGGCGAAAUCGUGUUCCAUACGGCUUCUAUUUUUCCGUUUUUCCACCCUACUAGGGAAAUUUUCCGGCCUAAUAAUCGAGGAAUUAACGGGCCCGGCUGUAAAUUGGUGUAAAAAUUCCGCCGCUUGUUCGAACGUAAUUUCGCCCCAUUUCGGGUUUCCAGAGUGUGUCGAUCAAUUUUCCACCGUGAAUAUCAUCCUGCAAGUGUCGAAUUAUCCUCGAAAAUCGGCAAAAAUGGAUCUUGCCGAUUCACUAACGGCGCUCGAGAUUCGUUCGAUCGAUCGAUCGGGAUAAAAAAGGAGGAGUUUUAAUCGUAGGGGAGAGGACAGGUGGAGGAGGGAGGUCGGUCCUUGGUCGAUAAGGUUUGGAGGGAGCAGAGAUUCUCCUCCGCGAGGAGCGAGCUGGUGAACCGCCUUGCGGCCAUUGGCCAUUGGCCGGGGAGGAACGCGAUCAGGAAGAUAUGAAAGGCGAGCGAUCAUCCAUUUCCGGAAUAGUGCUGGUGACCAGUGCGAAGAGUUUGGUGAAAGGAUGAACAAAAAUAUGUUGAGAGCUGGAACCACCGUAUCUCCGUUGUUCCCUCCGUCACGGACGACACCGCCCCCCUCGUCUGUCCUCAGAGUCACUUCCGCGAUUGCCUCGACCACGGAUUAUACGAGCAUAGGCAGUAUGUACGGUGUGAUCGAUCAGAUGGUGUUGAAAGAGGAUGAGGAACAAUUGAGCAUGGGGGAGAAGUACGUGCCGUACGAAGAUCGGCCGGAAACUUAUAUCGUGCCGAUCGUGUUCCUCCUGAUUCUUCUGAUCGGGCUCACCGGAAACGGGGUGCUUGCGCUCACCAUACUGAGGCACAGUAACAUGAGGAACGUUCCCAAUAUUUAUGUCUUCUCGUUGGCGCUUGGGGAUCUCUUGGUGAUCAUGACGUGCGUACCAUUCACGUUCACCGUUUAUAUCCUGGAUUCGUGGCCAUUUGGGCUCGUGCUCUGCAAGGUAUCCGAGUGCGCCAAGGAUAUCUCGAUCGGGGUCUCCGUCUUCACUUUAACGGCUCUAUCGGCGGACAGAUUCUUCGCCAUCGUGGAUCCAAUGAGAAAGUUUCACACCACGGGUACUGGAAAACGAGCAACCCGAUUCACUGUGAUAGUAGCCGCGUUGAUUUGGCUAUUGGCAAUCAUGUGCGCCAUCCCCGGUUCCUUCUCCUACAUCAGGGUCUUCAAAGUGAACAGCAGUAUUAGCUUUCGCGCUUGCUACCCAUAUCCCCCGGAAUUCGGGCCGAAUUAUCCAAAAACGAUCUUGGUCUGCCGUUUCUUCAUCUACUACGCGGUGCCGCUCAUCAUCAUCGCGUUCUUCUACAUCCUAAUGGCCAGACACUUGAUGCGCAGCACCAGGAACAUACCCGGUGAGAUGCAAUGUCAGGUGAAACAAGUGAAAGCGCGUAAAAAGGUGGCGAAAAUGGUGAUGGCGUUCGUGAUUGUUUUUGCAGUGUGCUUCUUCCCCCAACAUGUGUUUAUGCUGUGGUUUUACAUCCAUCCAACGGCGCAGCAGGAUUACAACGAUUUUUGGCAUUAUUUCCGGAUCCUCGGUUUUUGCCUAGCGUUCACCAAUAGUUGUAUCAAUCCUAUCGCUUUGUACUGCGUGAGCAGUACAUUCAGAAAAUACUUCGACAGGUAUCUGCUUUGUUGCGUGCCAAGGCGGAUGCGGAGGCGACAUCGUCGGUCAUCCGACUUGAGCUCACGGGGACGGGGUCAAAGUUUCUCGUUAAUAAGCUCGAGAAGGUACGACUCGAGGCGAGGGCAGCGGAGCGUGAUGCACAUGUCGAUCCUUGGAAACGAUACCAGGACCAGUGUCCCGAUCAAGGAACAGGAAACGACCAUUAGCCUGACCGGAUGUCCGAACGGAGUGGAGGACGGAUUGAGAAGCCAUCGAAACUCGACGGAGCACGGAGCAACCGAUCAAUCGUGAAUGCUAAAAUCGAAAGGACUGUGAUGAUUCAGCGACCAAUCCGAUCCCUGUGUUCUCCCUAUGAACCAGACUUUUCGAUUAAACGUUUUUUCGCGUUUUAUCCUCAGAAUGCGAAUAUAUUUGAGCGUGUCGAAGACGUGUUGACAGUUGUCCUCUCGAAAAGCAAACAUUUUGUAAACGAAUAAUCGAGACAAUGGACGACAGAGAACUUUUACUUUUUGACAUCUACUUGCGAGAAACAAUUUUUCGAGAACAAUUCGCGAGACAACGUUUAAUAUAUUUGCAUCCUUGGAGUUAGGAUCUAGGAGGGAGAAGAUCCUGGGAUUCAACGUGCAUCUCGUCCGUUCGUCGUCCAAUUUUUAUCCUUUCGUUUUUCUCGAGUGCACGAACAUCAUCGAGAUUAAUCAUUAAAAACGCAACAAAAAGUAACCUAUGUGAAAUUGCGUCGAUAUGGUUCGCGGGAACAAAGACUGCGACAAAUAUGUACAUUUAUGAGCGCACCGAUUUUUGUGAA